UAGAUCUGGCAUCUCAGCUGUCAAAUCUUUGUCAGAUAUACCUUUGGGCCUGGUUUGAGCCAAUUCAAUGAUUCUGAAAUUUUAAACGAUCUAAUAAAAUUGCCGCAUAAAUUUGAAUCUUCUAAUCUUCAUCAAACGAAUAUGAUUAUUACGUCAUUCUUUAUAUGAUUUAUUCCGUGAUAAACAAUGGUGUACAUAACCUAUUUGUCACGUACAUAAAUACUAAGGCAACAUUUCAUAAAAGAAAAGGGGAAGAUUUACUUCUGUUCAAUCGCCUCCAUCGAAUCAACAUCUGCAACAUUUCCAUCUUGUUCCUUCGAAGUGCUUGCUUCUGAUUCCAUUGAAUUUGACUAAUCUACACGAUUAUCUCAUUACAUGUACUUCUUAUGGUUUAUAGGUUAAGUCAUCGUAUGAUUUAGUUAUUUACAAAUCAGUACAUAUUUUCACGCGAUUCAUGCAAGCAACGAAAUUUUCAACUAUUAUGGACGAGUUUUCAAAUACGCCAGAAACUGAAGAAUCUUUAGACAUCGCUGCUAAAGAUUGGGAUAGAGUUAUAAAUGCGGCUAAAAAGAUUGGCUACAAGGAAGGUCUUGAAAAUGGGUCAGACGCUGUUUUUCAAGAAGGUUUUGAUAAGGGAUACGAAGAAGGUUUCAAAAGUGCUUUCAAUUUAGGGAAAUUUAAAAGUUUAUUAAACGCUGUAACACAAGAUAUCAAGUAUCCUCAAGAUGUAAAGGAGAUUCUUGAUAAAACUAGAAGAGGAGCGUGUCAUAUCUGUUUAAUGGAAUCUCAAAAUCCAAAUUAUGAAACAGAAAAAUUAUUUUCACAAGUGAUCGACGAACAAAGAGAACAUUCUACAAAAAUAAUGCAAAGAUUGUGUCAAUAUUUUCAUUUAAAUGUGAAAGAUUUGAAUAUUAAUGAAUCAACUAUAUUGGAAGGACAAAACUGUGUUUCAAAUCUAACUGAAAGUAAUUAAUUCAAUGAUAUAAAUUAGUAUUUCAUAUGUUUUUAUUAGUAUUUGUAACAUUUUAUGAUUAAAUUGUAAGUAAAGAAUA